UCACGAAAGGAGGUCAGAAGUGGGUGAAUGAUCUGGAGAAGUACACGGUCCAAGACCACCUGUGCUUGGGAGACAUGAGGGCCCUGCUUGGACGGAUAGAAGGAAGAGGCAAGAGCAGUAGAUUCCGAGGCCAAUUGCACGCACGACCCAGAUGAAACUUAAUUCAACAAUAUCAGGUCGAAUUAUUGGGCUGCUAUUCGUUACAUCUACCCGACAACACGCAGUUUACAUGCCCUCAACAGCCUGAGAAAAGAACCGGGGGAAGAAAUGCAUGCCUUCUUGAAGAGAUGUGAAGGAGUGUGGGAGGACUGCACUGGAGAACGGCAUGACAUUUCUCCGGCUGUUGUAAUGUUGUGGAAGAACGCUGUCAUUAAAGCCCUUCCCCGAUCAGUGCAGGCAGGCCUGGGAGACAUGGUGGGAUUAGACGCUAAACCCAUUGAAGAAUGGAGACUACAUCUCAUUCACCACGAUAUGAAAUACCAGGCAACAAAGGGGGAAAAUUAUGAAGAAAUUAAAACACUAAAACUAAGACUUUUGAAGAUACAAGUAGCUGAGAAAGAUGCCGAAGCUAAUAAAAACAAGAAAUCGACAAAGCAGAUGGCCAUACUAGCAGAGAAGGCAGGGCGGACACCUCCAACAGUUCAACAAAGCGGAGGAGGAAGUGUAUGUCCACAAAACCAGGUUCAGCAGACACCUGUGUAUCUUCCUACGCAAGUACAGCCACAAGCACCACAGUAUAUUCAACAGCAAAUACCUGUGUAUCUUCCUACCCAAGUACAGCCGCAAGCACAGGUAUACACUCCCAUACAGCAUCAACAAAAGGGACAAUGGAGAGGAAAGCAACGAUCAAGAGGAAGAAGGGAUGAUGGCUGCUUCAUAUGUGGAGAUUGUAGACAUCUGGCCAGAGAUUGCCCCACUCAGCAAUAUCCACCACAAGGUAGCACCUCACAAUACAGAGGAGAACCAGUGUUGGAUAUCAGAAAUAUUGAAGCGGAAGCAUAUGCCAGGGCCAUGACGAAUAUUUCUGUUGGAUCAGGUGAUUGGGUAAAUGUAAAAAUCCACAAGAUGAACUUGUUGCAACCUGUAUGGAGUGGACCAUGGGAAGUUGUAGAACGCACUGCAGAUGCGCUCCGGAUCAAAGUUAAAAAAGGAACAUGUUGGCACCUUCUUACACAUUGUGUAGCCGUACCGCCACCUUUCCAGAAACGGCACGGCAGUUAGAACUGAUUUUGGAAAACUGGUACAAAAAACAAUAAGGAAUUGAACAUAUUUUACAACGACAGCACCAGGAGAUGAGUAAACUCAAGAAUCUGUAGUGUAAAUACAUUGAGAAAAACACAUUUUACACUCGAACUGUUUGCACAUCAUAGACAAGGAAUUUAGACAAUAUAAAUAAAUGUUCAGCAAAAGUAAUAAGUAUGGUGGAAAGUAGACAUAGGCCUACACUUGAUUCAAAUGUCAUUACUGUGAUCCGAUUGGUGUGCUCUGCAGGUUUACUAUUGUUCGAAGUAACAGUGGGAUUUAAAAUGUUGGAGAAAAUAUGGAGAUGUUCUUUCGUAGUGUGUGGAAUAUGUGAUGCUGGAAACAUGUAAGUAUUUCAGAGUUGUGUUGGGUAAAUAUGUAGCAAUGGAUGAAACCAUUUUUAGAGUGAGUUUUUGUAAUAUCAUUAGUAUACAUUAAUUAUGUUGUUUAGAUGGCAUUUAACAACUAAGACAGAUAGUAUGAUUAGAAAGAGACAGAGUGGAAAGGGUUGGAUUUAUUUAACCUCAGUGUGCAAGACUUCUUAUAGGUAAUGCGUCCCGAGACCUGGACUCCCCCUCUGAGUUAGAAAGGCUACGAUCCCGACCCUC